CGUUGAACACUUACUAAAGAGUGGUCCUUCCGGUCUGGUCUGCAAUAACUUUUAAAUUACGCGCUCUUCAGUUAUUAUGCAGCACUGGUUCUAGCUCAUCUAUCGGUAAUCGGUAGGAAGCGCAGUUGCCAGAUUGCUUCAAAACAACAUUUUUCAACGGUAUUUGAUGCUAAUCAAAGUUUGGUCACACUGCUCGAAAAAGAAGACAUUUUGUCAGAAGAAGUUUAUUUUUAAGUGAUUUUGUGUGUUUAAACGCUGUUUUGAGAACUUUGGAAUCAUGACCGACGACUGGCAGAGCCAGAAGUUCCGCCAGAAUGUCAUCUCCAAGAUCCACGACUUGUUGCCACCGAACGCCCAGGAUCAGUCGAAAAAUGCCGGCGUUAUGGAAAAUCACAUUUUCCGCAAGUCACGCAGCAAGGAUGAGUAUCUCGGCCUGGUGGCCAAGCUCUUUAUGCACUACAAGGACAUGUCCCGCAAGUCGCAGCAGCAGCAGCAGCAACAACAACAACAACAGCAGCAGCAGCAGGGCGGCGGAGGGGGCCAGCCGCCGAAUCCCGAGAUGGGCGGCGGUACCAACAUGAUGCAGGAUCCGCUGAAUGCCCUCCAAAACCUGGCCAGCCAGGGCAAUCGCAAUCCCCAAAUGAUGCCCAUGGGCGCUGGCGGUGUGGGUGCUCCCGUGCCCGGUGGUCCCGGCACUGCCUCCAAUCUCCUUCAAUCGCUGAAUCAGCAGCGUCCGGGAGUCCAGCAGCAAAUGCAACCCAUGGCCAAUAUCCGUGGGCAAAUGCCCGGUGGCCAGCAGAUGCAAAUGCAGGGCGGUGGCGGGGGCGUAAUGAUGGGCGGCGGAGGAGCUGUCGUUGGCGCCCAGAACCAGGGACAGCUGGUGGGAAAUCCCAAUCAGCAGAUGGUAGGUGGCGGCGGCGGUGGUGUAAUGCCCAACCAGAUGGUGGGACCGGGUCCAAACAGUGGCCCCGCUGUCGGAGUCGUUGGACCCGCAGGUCCAGGAGCUGCAGGCGUCGGAGGUCCCGGCGUCGGAGGUCCCGGCGUGCCCAAUCAAAUGCAAAGCGGUGGACCAAUGAACGUGAAUGCCAUGCAACAGAUGCCACCAAUGCAGCAGAUCCAACAGAAUCAGAUUGUGAUGGGCAUGAAUCCCAUGAUGCGCAUGGGCCAGGGCAAUGGCAUGGGCGGCCCCCAGGUAAUGCCCGGCCAGGGUAUGCAGGGUAUGCCCCCAAACAUGCAGCAGGGCCCCGCAGGACAGCAGCAGCAGCAGGUGGUCGGUGGCGGAGCCGGCCUGCCGCCCAAUGCCGUGCAACAGCAACAGCAGCAGGUGGGCAUGGGAAUGGGAGUGAAUAUGCCGCCGAAUCUCCAGCAGAAACCCAAUAUGGCAAUGGGCCAGGCAGGUGGUCAAAUGUUUCCCGGCAAUCGGGUAGGACAGCAGCAACCGGGACAGCCCUUUAUGCGUUCCAGUCCAUCGCCAGCGGAUGCCCAGCAAUUGCAACAGCAGCAGCAGCAGGCACAGCUCCAGCAGAUGCAGCAACAACAGCAGCAGCAGCAGCCAACGCAGCAACAGCCACCCACACCGCAGCAGAUGAACACGGCCAAUAUGAUACCCAGCCCGGCACUGGUGCCCCAGUCCAGUCCGCAGAUGAUGCAAAUGCAGAACCCCCAGCAGCGUAACAACCUGCGGCAGCAGUCGCCGAGCGCAUCAAUCAAUACGCCGGGCCAGGUGACCGGCAACAGUCCGUUCAAUCCCCAAGAGGAGGCCCUGUACCGGGAGAAGUACAAGCAGCUGACCAAAUACAUAGAACCGCUCAAAAGGAUGCUGGCCAAGAUCAGCAACGAUGGAACCAAUGUGGAGAAAAUGACCAAGAUGAGUAAGCUGCUGGAGAUUCUGUGCAAUCCCACACAGCGUGUGCCCCUAGAAACCCUUCUCAAGUGCGAAAAGGCACUGGAGAAGAUGGAUCUCAUCUCCUAUUCCGGCCAGCAGUUUGGGAAAUCCUCUAACCCACUGCUGGAAGUGAUCAAUACCACCCUGCAAAGUCCUGUGGCAAAUCACACGCUGCAUCGCACAUUCCGACCCACCUUGGAACUGCUCUUUGGCACCGAUAUAGCGGCACCAGUGCCCGCCAAGCGACCCCGAGUGGAGGAGAAGAAGAGCACGGCCUUCGAACAGGAUGUGCCGCAUGUCCUCCAGGGCGAGAUUGCCCGCUUGGAUAGCAAGUUCAAAGUCAAACUGGAUACCACAACGCAGAUAAAUAAUAAGGCCAUACGCUUGAUUUGUUGCCUCGACGACAAGCGAUUGCCCAGCGUUCCUCCUGUGAGUGUGAGCGUCCCCGAAGAGUAUCCAUGGCAGGCACCGGAUUGUUCCCUAACGGAGCAGGAAUACUCCGCCUCGCCCUUCCUGCAAACGGUGCAGCAAGCCCUGAUUGCACGCAUGUCCAAGUUGCCCAAGAAUUACUCGCUGUCCCAUCUGCUGGACACCUGGGAGAUGGCGGUGAGGCAGGCCUGCUCGCCGCAGGCCAAGCCCAAGGCUGUUUGUGAAUUCACAACGCUGUUGGGUGUUUGAUUAGAAUUUAAAUUAAGGAUUGAGAGUGCAAUAGCUGAGAAAUAAACAAAAUCAAAGCAGAAGAUGUCGGGCUUAAUCAAAAACUCAUCAUCAAAGUGAAAACACUUCUAAAUCGGUGACUAAAUUUUUUCGAAGAAUUCAAAAAUCAUUUCCAUUUCAUCAUUUCACAUUCGACCAAUCAAUUUUCAAAAUUUAUACAGUGGUAAGUCUGAGGCUUUAGUUUACCCCUUUUCAUCCAAUACUAUUCCACAAUGAUUCCCUUAUUCUUGGUAAAAAUAUUAUAUAGAUUUAUCCAUAGUGGUAAAUAUGAUCUUCGGGAUAUAGUAUUUAGGAUAACAUUUCCUAUAUACUUUAUAUGCAGGG